AUGUUCGGAUCCACGGGUUUUGGCGGCUUCGGCCAGCAGAAUAACCAGCAGCAACAGCCGCAGCAGCAGCAGCCAACUACCGGUCUCUUUGGCCAGGCUGCACAGCCCAACACCCCCGCCCAGUCCGGAUUCGGCUCUACAACAGGCUUUGGCUCUACAGGCGGAUUCGGUGCAUCGCAGCCGGCUGCACAAACCGGCGGUGGUCUCUUUGGCCAACCACAGAACCAGACCCAGACUCCCUCCUUUGGCGGCUUUGGCGCCACGCAAAACAAUGCUGCCACCGGCGGCGCUUUCGGCGCACGACCUGCUGGUAACACCGGCUUCGGCGGCUUCGGCGCCACCCCCAACAACAACACCACCAGCUCCUUCUCCUUCGGCUCCACACCUGCACAGCAGCAGCAGCAGCAGCAACCAGCAGCAGGCGGCUUUGGCUCCUCCACCUUUGGCGCAGCCGCUCCUGCCGCUGGCGGUCUCUUCGGCCAACAGCAGCAGCAGCAGCCCGCUGCAGGUGGAUUCGGUGCCGCCGCGGGCACCUUUGGCCAACAAGCCGCUGGCGUGACCCCGAGCCAGAUCACUCAGGGCACCGCCACGGUCCCCUACGACCCUCUCCGCGAAGAUCUCACGCCCACCGAACACAUCAAGGACCGCAAGUCCUGGGAUGUGCAUCAGACUAUCACUGUCAUGCCAGCCUACAGCCACCACAGCAUCGAGGAGCUCCGCCUCAUGGACUACCAGCAGGGCCGAUCCAAGGGCAACACCGGCCCUGGCGCUCCCGGUGCCCCUUCCACCGGCUUUGGCUUUGGCGCCAGCAACAACACUGGCGGCGCUUUCGGUCAAGCUCAGCAGCCUGCCACCGGCUUCGGUGCCAGCACUUCCACCACCGGCGGUCUUUUCGGCCAGCCACAACAGCAGCAGCAGCAGUCCGGCGGUCUCUUCGGCGCCAAGCCCGCCGCUACCGGAUUCGGCGCUUCCACCACCGGCGGCGGUCUCUUCGGCCAGCAGCAGAAUCAGCCUCAGACCGGCGGCCUCUUCGGCCAGCAGACCCAGCAGCAGCAGCCGUCCACCUCGGGCUUCUCCUUUGGCGCUCAGCCACAGCAGCCCGCAGCUAGCACCGGCUUCACCUUUGGCGCCAACAACAACCAGCAGCAGCAGCAGAACAAGCCCGCCUUUGGCUUUGGCGCCUCCACCACCCAGCCCGCCCAGGCCGGAACCACCGGCUUCGGAUUUGGCGCCAACAACCAGCAGCAGCAGCAGCCCGGUCAGACCGCAACCGGCUUUGGCGCCGGCGCCACUGGCACCACCGGCGGCUUCUCCUUCGGCCAGAAGCCCGCUACUGGCGGUCUCUUUGGUGCGGCUACCAGCCAGCCCGGUCAGACUGCCGGUGCUACCAGCACCUUUGGCGGCUUCGGCGCUUCCAACACUGCGCAACAGAACAAGCCCGCCUUUGGCUUCGGCGCAGGUGGCGGAUUCGGCGCUGCAUCCGGCGCCACCACCGGCACCACCUCGGCCCCCGCCGCCACAGGCGGUCUGUUCGGCGCAGCGAGCUCCGCACAGCCUAGCGGCGGCCUCUUUGGCAGCUCCACCAACACCGGUACUACCGGCGGCUUCAGCUUCGGCGCCAACAACACCCAACAGGCCAAUCAGCAACCCGGUCAGGCAGGUGCUACGGGCGGCUUCGGCGGCGGUCUCUUUGGCGCCAAGCCAGCUGGACAGACCGGCACCCAGCCGGCCACCGGCGGGCUCUUCGGCGGCGCAGGUGCUCAGACGGGUCAGACUAGCACUGGCUUUGGCGCAGGCGCUUCCACCGGCUCAGGCGGCCUCUUUGGCAACACGGCCAACAAGCCCGCUACCGGCGGCUUCUCGUUCGGCGCCGGAGGCGGCUCGUCGCUCUUCGGCAACAACAACCAGCAGAACAACCAGCAGCAGGGUGCUGGCGGCCUCGGCGCCGGUUUCGGCCAGACGCAGGGCAACACCACCGGCGGUCUCUUCGGCCAGUCCAACCAGACUGCACAGACCGGCGCUACUGGCGGCGGUCUCUUUGGCUCGUCCAACACCGCAGGGUCGUCGCUCUUCGGCAACACGGGCGCGUCCAACACGGGCGGCGGCCUCUUUGGCGGCUCCACCCAGAAUCAGUCCGGCGGCGGUCUCUUCGGUGGUCUCGGCGGCGGUCAGAACCAGCAGUCCACUGGCGGCCUGUUCGGCCAGUCGCAGCAGAACCAGCUGCAGAACAACUCGUUGCAGAACCAGCAGCAGCUGCCCAGCGUGCAGGCCUCGCUCGACUCGAACCCGUACGGCACGGACAGCCUAUUCGCCUCGAACCCGCUCAACGCCGGCGCAGGCUCGACUGCCAACGGCGCCUCGCUUCCGUUCAACGUGGCGCCCAAGAACAAGCCGCCCCUCACCACGCCCUUCCGCUCCAGCCCACGCGGCGCCAGCAAGAUCAACCGUCUCCGCGGCUCCACUCCCGGCGCCUCGGGUCUCGGCAGCUCGAGCUUCGUCCGCGAGGGCACGCCUGGCUCGUUGCGCGAAGGCACCCCCGGCGCAAACACCCGCUUCGGCACGCCCGGCCGAGCCGGCUCGCCCGCGCUCUUCAAGGCGCUCAGCGACGAGUACAGCCAGCCGCUCUCGUCGCAGGCGUUUGUCUCGCGGCCGUCGGCCAAGCGACUCGUGCUCGACGAUGCAGGCGAGAACAGCUUCACCGCUUCGCGCAUCGGCCGCAGCGGCAGCGUGCCUCACUUUGACACCGGCAGUAGCCCGGCAGUCGGCUCGCUCGGAGCAUCGGCCUUCCGCAGCGGCACCGUGCAGCCGUCGUCGGCGUCGCGCGUCACGUUCAGCCCUGCCCUCGAGCAGCGCGCCGAGUCGGUGCGCCCCGGCGGCGGAGACCUCUCGUUCGCAUCGUCGCUCCCUUCGCGCCGCGGCAAUCUCUUUGGUGCUGCCUCGCCCACCGUUGUCGAAGACACCCCGCUCAAGACCGUAUCUGCCGCCGCGGCCAAGGCUGGUGUGCCGCGCCAGGGCCGUGACCUCGAGUCGUCCUUUGCCGCAUCGACCCCGAGCGUCAAGUCCGCCGCUGCCGUGUCCAAUGGAUCCAGCGCUGCCACCGCCAAGGUCGGCGAGUACUAUACCGAGCCUUCGCUCGCCGCACUGCGCACCGCCAACUACAACGAGCUCGCCGCCGUGCACAACUUUAUCGUCGGCCGCAAGGGUGUCGGCCAGAUCGAGUUCCUCGAGCCCGUCGACCUCACCUCCAUCGGCGACCUCAACGACAUUGUCGGCGGCAUCGUCCAGAUCCGCCUCAAGGAGGUCGUCGUCUACCCCGAGGAGGACGACUUUGACCCGCGCAACCCCAAGGACGGCGCCAAGCGAAACUUUGUGCCGGGCCUCAAGGCCAAGCAGGGCACCGGUCUCAAUGUGCCCGCACGCGUCAGCCUCGAUGCAUGCUGGCCCACCGACCGCGCCACGCGCGAGCCCAUCAAGGACGCCGACCACCCGCGCGUCAAGCAGAUGGUCAACAAGCUCAAGAACAAGUCCGAGACCGAGUUUGUCGACUUUGAGCCCGAGUCGGGCACCUGGACGUUCAAGGUGAAGCACUUUAGUCGCUACGGCCUGGACGACUCGGACGAGGACGACGAUGCGGCCGCGGCGGCGCCCAAGCGAGCUGCGCAGCCAACUGCUGCCGCUGACAACAAGCGUCCCGCCAGCAAGCGCCUCGCGCCCAUGUCGGCCGACGACGGCGAGUCCGAUGACGAUGCAGUUGCCAUCGGAGCCGCAUACAGCGACGGCAGCGAAGAGGACGACGACGAUGCCCCACCUCCGCUACGGGGGCUCGAUGACGGCGACAUGGAUACGGACGACGACGCCAGCCAUGCCGCUGCCGCUGCCGUCGCCGCUGCCAAGCACCGUCAGCGCCGCCAGUGGACGCCCGCUUCGAGCGUCUCGGGCCGCGAGCGCGCGGGCAGCGCCACGCCGUCGCGCGCCAUGUCGACCAUGGCCAACGCCGCCGAGGCGCGCCGCGUCCAGGUCAUGCAGGCGAGUUUUUUUGGGCACGACGACAGUAAACUAGCUUCCGCUGCUGUCGUUGCUGCUAGACCCAUGGGAGCCAGCCUGAGCCACAAAAAAACGCUCAACCUGCGGCCGACGGCCGCCGUUGCAGAACCGAUCAAGGCUGCCGAGCCGAUGCCCGACAAGGCACCGGAGCCUCAAGAGCCGAGCUACGAGGCCGCCGCAAAGUCACACCCGGCACCCGUCCAGGAAGUCCAACAGCCCGCCAAAAGGCUGCGCAAGACCGACGUGGCACGUUCGGCUGUGGUCGCUGCCGAUGGCGAGACGCUCGAUGCCGGUCUUUCGCUCGGACGCAGUUUCCGCGUCGGAUGGGGGCCCGAUGGCACGCUCGUGCACAAUGGCAGGAUCGUCGGCGCCAACAUGGAGCCGGUGUCGUCGGCUGCCAAGACUGAAGCGGAGGCCGCGGCUUCUGCCAGCACGUCGACCCUGAUCCUCGAAAAGAUCAAGCUGUUCAAGGACGUCGAGACGUCGAAAGAGGAGGCGGAGCGUGCGCAGAAGCUGCUGGGCGUCCAGCUCGAGCAGACCAAGGUGGAGCUCGACGACGAGGGCGUGCCCGUGGCGUACACCGACUUUGGCACGCGCUUCCGCCAUUUUGCCUCGUCGUUCGAGCACAAGGACCGGAGCUUCGAGGCGAGCCUGUGGCGGCUAGGCGUGGCGCUGUUCGACGAGAUCGAGCUGCGCGUGCCCGCGGGCGCGGACGCUGCCACGGCGGAACGCAUCCGCGCCAUGCGCAGGAAGGCGGCGCUGUCCGACUGGCUGCGUCACACGGUGGCGGGGACGGUCGAGACCGAGGCGCGCUCGCACAUUGCGGCGUCACGCCGUGCGGCGCUGCUGUUCAGCUACCUGAGCGGACACCAGGUGGAGCGCGCCGUCAACGCGGCGAUGGAGGCGGGCGAUCUGCGCUUGGCGACGCUCAUUGCCCAGGCGGGCGGCGACGAGGAGGUGCGCGCCGACAUCAGCGAGCAGCUGCUGACGUGGCGCAAGGAGGGCGUGGAUGCGCACAUGACGCGCGACCACCGCCGCAUCUACGAGCUGCUUUCGGGCAACGUGUUGCUGUCGCCCGGCACCGAUGCGCGGACGACCAAGGACCCGAUCGACCAGGUUGGCGACUUGGCCAUCUGCGAGGGGCUCGACUGGAAGCGCGCGCUGGGGCUGUUCCUGUGGUACGAGUCGACGUACGAGGCGCCGCUCGAGCGCGCGUUCGAGCGGUACGAGGCGCAGGUGGCGCCGACGGCGCCGCAGAAUACUUGUAUUGCACCGCCGCUGCCGUGGUACCGCGAGAGCUCGAGCGUGGGCGCGACCAAGCUGCGGCAGCUGCUGCAGAAGGCCGGCGGCUACGACCGCGAUGCGCUGUUCGAGCUCAUCAAGCUGUACGUCGACCCGACGUACGGGCUCGAGCCUGCGCUCAACGCAUGUGCGUUUGGCGCGUCGAAUGUGGAUGCGCGACUGCCGUGGCAUCUGUACAACCUGCUCUCGCGCGUCAUGCAGCGCCGCGACUUUGGCGACCGUGUGGAGCUCGGGCUGGGCGCUGGCGGCGAGACUCGCGACGAGGCGAUGCACGAGGACGGUGAUGGCGCACCGAACGGAGCGGCGACGGCGGCGGUGCAGGGCAACUCGGCACGUGCCGACAUGCUGGCGUCGAGCUAUGCGACGCAGCUCGAGCUGCUGGGGCUGUGGCAGUGGGCUGCGUUUGUGCUGCUGCAUCUCGAGCUGAGCUCGGGCCGGUCGACGGCGGUCAAGGCGCUGCUGGCGCGCAAUGUAGCCCAGCUGGAUGCGCAGCGCGACUUCCUGUGUGGGCGGCUGCACGUGCCCGAAGCAUGGCUGUACGAGGCGCAGUCGUUUGCGGCGCGUGCGCGCGACGACCGCUACGGCGAAUACCAACUUCUGCUGCGCGCGCACAACUGGACGGCCGCACACAAUGUUGUCGCACUUCAUCUUGCGCCGGAAGCGAUUAUCCGUGGUGACCACGAGUUGGUGUCGGUGUUGAUGUCGCCGUUCUACCUCGAGGUAGGGGGUGAUCCGGCGGACGAGAUUGCGGGCUGGGCGGAUGGGGCGGCGGUGUAUGUCGACUAUGUCGCCGCCUCGCGCGAGGUGCCUGUGCUAGCGUCUCUGCUUGCCGCGCGCGAAUCGCGCGAUGUAGCGCUUGAGCGGGCGGAGCGCUUUGCGGCGCGUCUGCCGAGUCUGGCGGCGGGGGUCAAUGCGCUGCUCUCGACGCCGGGGGCUGGGGCAAGUGCGGGCGAGAGGACGCACAUGGUGGCUAGGACCGAGAUGAUCGCCGGCAUCACCAACCUCGCUCGCAUCCUUAUUAAUAUGUCCACGGCUACGGAGGCGGUGGAGCUGGGCGAGGGUGCACGUGCGACGCUCGAGCGCAUCUCGGCGACGCUGCUCGAGUCGGCUGCAGUGAGUGGUGGCGGUAGCGGCGUAAGAGGUGCCGCGGAUGGAAAGGAUACGGCAAGCGGUUGGGACCCCGCCGCACUCGAGGUAGAUGCCGUACAGGCGGCUGCCGACGACUACCUUGCUUCGCUAGUCGCUGUGGCUUGA